UCUGAGCAGAAGCAAAGAAGCGAGCGAGAGAGAGAGAGAGCAUGCAGUCUCGUCGUCAUCUCUUCUUCUCCUCUUCGGAGAGUCUAGCUAAAAAUAAACGGGGCUAAAUUACAGGGGCGUCCACGAACAUCGCCGAGCCCCCGACCCGAAGCACAAAACCAGGAAGCCCCUAUUUAUAACCCAACCCCUUCCUGAGCAGGCGCCGGAAAUUUCUUGGGGAAACGAGAAUGAUCGGCGACAGCGCUCUCGCAACCAGAUCGAUCCAAGCGCACGCAAAGAUCCGAUCGCAAUUUGCGACGAGCAGCUGAGCCCCGAUCGAUCCGAGAGGAGGACGAUCGUACGAUCGAGGAUCGCCGGACGAGGAGUCGCCGGCCGUUGGCGGGCGGGCGGGGCGAUCGAUCUAGCAAAAUACAAUUUGAGUUUGUUUCCUGUGUGGUGGAUCGCUUUGCAUAUAUGAGCAGAGGAUGCGGGGGGUGCUGGAGGAGGACAUGCUGCCGUCGACGCCGGGGAAGGUGAAGAUCGAGCGCGCCGGCGCCAUGAGCCGGCAGCUGCACCGCUGCUUCGCGUCCACGGGGACCAUGUUCCUCUGGGCGCUCUUCCUCGUCGCCAUGACGGCCACCUACCUCAGCUUCCACUCCUUCGUCGACACCUCCUCCCGCUACUUCGCCGCCUCCUGGGGCGGCCUCCACUGGGAGCGCCAGAUCCGGGCCUCCGCCUCGCCGCGCCGCCCCCCCGGGUCCGCCGAGGGGGCCGGGCUCUCCGUCCUCGUCACCGGCGCCGCCGGAUUCGUCGGCACCCACUGCUCCCUCGCCCUCCGCAAGCGCGGCGACGGCGUCGUCGGCAUCGACAACUUCAACAAGUACUACGACCCCUCCCUCAAAAAAGCCCGCCGCGCGCUGCUCGCCUCCCACGGAGUCUUCGUCGUCGAGGGCGACAUCAACGACGGCCGCCUCCUGGCCAAGCUCUUCGACGUCGUCCCCUUCACCCACGUGCUCCACCUGGCGGCGCAGGCCGGGGUGCGCUACGCCAUGGAGAACCCUUCCUCCUACGUGCACUCCAACAUCGCGGGCCUGGUCUCCCUCCUGGAGGCCUGCAAGGACGCGGACCCGCAGCCCGCGGUGGUAUGGGCCUCAUCCUCCUCCGUCUACGGGCUCAACGACCUCGUCCCCUUCUCCGAGGCGCACCGCACGGACCGGCCGGCGUCGCUCUACGCCGCCACGAAGAAGGCCGGGGAAGAGAUCACCCACACCUACAACCACAUCUACGGCCUCUCCGUAACGGGCCUCCGCUUCUUCACCGUGUACGGCCCAUGGGGCCGGCCCGACAUGGCCUACUUCUCCUUCACCCGCAACAUCCUCCAGGGGAAGCCCAUCACCGUGUACCGGGGCAAGGACCACGUCGACCUCGCCAGGGACUUCACCUACAUCGACGACAUCGUGCGCGGCUGCCUGGCAUCCCUCGACACGGCGGGCCGGAGCACGGGGACGGGGGGGAAGAAGCGAGGGCCGGCGCCGUACAGGAUCUUCAACCUGGGGAACACGGCGCCGGUGACGGUGCCGACGCUGGUGUCCAUCCUGGAGAGGUACCUGAGGGUGGAGGCGAAGAAGAACGUGGUGGAGAUGCCCGGCAAUGGCGACGUGCCAUUCACGCAUGCCAACAUCAGCCUGGCGAGGGAGCAGCUCGGGUACAAGCCCACGACGACGCUGGAGAUGGGGCUCAAGAAGUUCGUCCGCUGGUACCUCUCUUACUACGGAUACAACCGGGGAACACACACCUUCAGCAACUUGUGAUGAUAUAUAUAUUUAGGGAUCGGUAAAUGUAUUGUUGUAGUAAAACAUGUAUGAUUUUUUUUGUUAAUUUGUUUUGUGUGCGUGGCUGGGUCCUCCGCUCUCUGAUCAAAGACAGACUGACCAUUCUUGUUUCUGUAAUUUCUGAGGAAAUACGAGGAAAAAUUCUUCAA